GCAGGUGUGAGGGGUGGUGGUGGCCUCUGGGUUCACGGCGUUGCGCAGCCGCCUGCGAGCUCCGGCGUUUGCUGGUGGUCCUGGUGUGGGCAGUCCUCACUUUUCGAUCCAGGUAGAUCUUCCCCGUUCCCGAUAAGGACAGAGGAACCUCGACAACUUCUCUGGCCCAGAUUUCUCUAGGGUGGGAUAAAAUGAGUAAGAGGAAGAAGCUUCGGACCUCAGGAGGGGAAGGAAUCCAUCCUCCGAAACUUCCAAGGAACCCAAGGCCAGGAAACUCUGACAGGGCCCCCCAGAGUUCCAGGUUGGGCCAUUUGCGUCACGCUGAAGAGACAGAGAGCAGAUCAGGACCCACUCCCUCUGCAGAGCAGUGCAGGGAGGAACUGGGACAGACAGCCUCCAGCUCUCCUGAUAAGGAAGCAGGAGCUCUACCCAGGCUCCUUGGGCAGCCAGAAAAGGAGCCAGUUCCCCUUCCUCCUUCCCAGAACUCAGUCGGGAGGUUUGUCCCCCAGUUUGCAAAACCCAGGAAGACAGCGACAAGACAAGCAGAGAGGAGGGAAGAGGACCUCGGGAGUGGGGCCUUCGGCUCGGAAGCACUGCCAGAACCCAGUGCCCUGCAGGCCAGAGGCCAGCCUCAGGAGGAGUUCCCCCAGCUUGCCCUCCAGGGCAGGGGAGGCGCUCAGGAGGCCAGGGACUCAGAAGACCAGACCCAGGCAGAGAGCACCCGCCCCAAGCCCAGUGGCCAAAGCCCUGUGACACCUGUGUCCGGCGACAGGGAUCCUCAGCCCUUGGCCUCCACCAGCGCCUCUCCAGAGUGGGGGACGGUACCCUCAGCCUCAGAGAGGGCCAGCCAGGACCACCUGUCAGAGCACGGGACCCACAUGCCAGAUGGUGGAAGCACAGAGGAAGGUUGGGUUCCAGGCGAUCACGGCCAGAGAGGGCACCUGCCAGGCAGUGAUGCUGAAGAGAAAGAGCCAGACCGAGCAGCCCCCCAGGAGGGAGAUGCCCACGGGGGAGCAGAAGCUGACUUGCCUGAGGGGUGCCAGAAGGAAGGAGAUGGCAUCCUGGGCCCAGAGCCCGGAUCUGCAGUCCAGGGCCCUCCUGGGACUGGUGGGGGAGCAGAGUGGAGCUGUAGCAGCCCAAGAUGCUCCCCACUUGGGGCCGUUGUCAUCACAGAUGUGAGCACAGACCCCACUGAGCCAGAACAGAGGGCUCUGGGGGCGACUGGGCCAGACAGGGUGGUCAGUGCCAGGAUGCUUGCCUCUCCCAGUGGGAGGGCUGCUGAUGGAGGCCGCGGCGGGGCCCUGCUUGACCACAUGUCUCUCACUGGGGAGAGCACAGGAGGCAGGGGGGAGGCACGGCAGGAAGACAAGCCCCCUGGUGAUGUCCUGGGGUGCCUUGCGGCCUCCCUGGUUCUGGCUCAUGAGAUCCAAGAGCCCACAGUAGGUGCUGGGGAUUCCAGCCCUUUCACCUUGGAAACGGGUCCAGGUGUUGGUCAGACACAGUUGCCAGGCCCGGAUCAGGAGGGGCUGGGAGGUGUGUGCUUGCUGCCUUUGCCGUCACAGGCUGUGGGUGAAAAGGCAGCCGAGUUAGGGAGUCAGAGCCACAAACAAGACCUCCAGGGGCUCGGUUUGUCCCUUGGAGCCUCUCCUCCACCAGUGUACAGAGAAGCAGUGGACCGCCUGCCCCAGGAUGCAGGGUCAUGCCAGGGCAGCUCAGAUACCCACACAGGCCUGGCAGGCCAGCCCCAGCACCCUCCUGACUCUUCCGAGCAGGCCAUCUGGGAGGGGUCCCCAGCCAUGGAACUCGACUUCCUGCCAGACAGCCAGAUACAGGAUGCCCUGCAAGCCCCUGGCUUUGAAGCCCCACCAGAGCAGUUGUUUCCUGCAGGGAGCAGGCUGGACCCUUGCUGGCCUGGCACCAGCCCACAUGCCGACAGCGGCCCCCUUGCUGAGGCCCAGCCAAGGACCCGAAUGGGGAUGGAGACCUGCGAGGCUGCCAGGAUGGAGGAUGCAACAGACACCGUGCGUGGCCUAAUCAUCGAGCUGUCCAGCUUGAACCGGCUGAUCAUGGGCACCCGCCGGGACCUGGAGGCCUUCAAGCGCCUCAACUACUACCGGAAAGCAAAGCCGGCAGGGAAGGCCCCCGCACCCUACACACCAGAGGGGGCUGGGAGUCUCCCUCGAGGGGAGCAGUCCUGGAGGGACUCGUAGACUGCUCCCAGACCACCUGGGGAUCGGGCUGUGUGUGCUCUUGCAAGCUCGCUGGCCCCCAGAACUGCCUCCUGUUCCUGCCAAACAGCUGGAAGCAAUCCCUCAGCAGGCCCCAGGAAGCCUGCAGGCCCCUGCCUGCCCCCUGGUAUUUUGUUACCCUUUGAGACGCUCCAGCAGGUCCCCCGGUGGGCCCCAGUAACCUCCCCUCAGCUGACCCGGAAGUCAGCUUCCCACGGGAAACACAGGAGGCCCUCCCUGCCUUUGUCAACAGCCUCCCUUGGGAGUCACACCAGGAGGGAACCUGCUCCUCCCUGUGGUGGAGGCUGGAGGCAGAGAGGCUGGCUGGGGCCCCAGGAAGCCGGCUGCAUCUGAGCUGGGGGCUCAGAGCUGCCCAGAUGUUUAUCUGGGUUUGCAAAUUUGGUCUCCUCAGCCAAGGUUACGAGGUUACGGAAGGUUCAUAAUUUGUUUCUUUCCUGGAGGAGAAAAGGGUUCACUUUGUUGGUUCUACCCUUGUCUUCCUCUGGAUUUCCAUUUUAUUUCUUCUGGGAAGUCUGUUAAUAAAUGAUCCCCUA